AUGUCCGCCGAAUCCCUCCCCAUCAGCCCCGCCGCCUUCGCCGAAGCCAUCAAAGAGCUUCCCCUCCCUGUGCUCUACGCCAAAGUCUCCGAGAUCCGCAACUCCAUGGCGCACCUCCACCGCUCAAACCAGGAACUGAGGACAUUCAUCAAUGAAUCAUGCGACACGGACUCCGAAAAGCAAGAACUAGAGGCAUAUAUCAAGGAGAACGAGGACGUGGCAGUGUCUAUGCUGGAGAGGAUCGAGCUACUGAAGACUGAGGUGGAAAAUCGGGGACAGAAAUGGAUUGAGCUGGAGGAUCCGGAAAAGGAGAGGGAGAAUGGUGAAAGGAGUGCCAAUGGAAAUGAGAAUGGAACGGUGGAAGGGACGGAGGAGGUGCGGAACCCCGCUGCGGGGAAUGAGGACCGGAAUCAAGAUCACGAUCAGGAACAGGACCAGGAGGGAGUUUAUCUGUAG